AGAUGAACUAUCAGACUUACCACUGUCAAGUGUUUUUGAUACUUGUGAAUAUUAACCAUGUACCUGUUCGUCCUUGCAACUUUGGUCGCCGCCGCCAUGGCCGCCCCCCAGCAAAACUACUACCAACAACAGCAACAAUACCCCAAUCAACAAUACUCCGGCAAGUUCGUCCCAAUCGUGUCAGAAUCAAACGAAAUAAACCCAGAUGGUUCAUUCAGUUACAGUUAUGCCACUGGUGACGGUCAACAGGCUCAAGCUCAAGGAUAUUUAAAAAAUGCUGGUGUCAAAGAUCAAGAAGCUGAAGUAAUUCAAGGCUCUUAUUCUUACACCGCGCCAGAUGGUACUCCAAUUAGCAUCACGUACGUGGCGGAUGAGAACGGUUUCCGUGCCGAAGGCGCCCAUUUGCCAACCCCGCCCCCAAUCCCUGAGGCUAUCCAGAGAUCUUUGGCUCUGAUUGCCCAGACGCAGCGAAAUCCCCAGUCGCAGUAUCAGCAGCAACCGCAGUACCAGCAACAGUACCAUCAGCCCAGACCCUUCGGACGGUUUUAGGAUAGACUAGGAUCACCUAGUACCUGCUAAAAAAGUGGCCAGUGACAUGUUCAAGAAAUGAAGUUGUAAAUAUUUUGUAAUAGCUUAUGCAUUUUUAUAAAUCAUUUUUUACAAAAAGAA